AUUUUAAAUUUAAAAGCCCCAGUGAGCUGGCUACUACAGCGCACUGGUCAGCUGUCCGCGUUUAAAUAGGAAUGAGCAAUGACUGGCAAGCGCUCGCAGAAACAGGAACCCAUGGGAAUAUUAGGUGGUGUGCGUGUCACUGGCAGUUCCUCAAAAUUUUAAACAUUUAUCUGUUUUUACCCUCAAAGAGGUAAAAAUCAAGGACUCAGAAAUCUGUAAGGCCAUGAUUGUCACUGAUUUCUCCACAAGGAACAAAAGAUGGGAGCAGCCUAAGUCCCGUCAGCAGGUGAACGGACAAACUGGGGUAUGUCCAUACGAUGGAAUAUUAGUCAGUUUUUACAAAGGAGAGGGAAUCUAAACUGGACUUGGGAGGGGUUCAAGCCAGUAACCUUAGCCAUUCAGGAAGCUGAGGCAGGAAGACCAUAAACUCAAAGCUAGCCUUGGCUAUCUUAGGGCUAUCUUAGUGAGUUUAGGGCUAGCCUGGGUAUCUUAGUGAAACUGACAAUUUCAAAAGUAAAAAGAACGAUAGGUAUAUCUCAGCGAUCUAGUGUUUGCCUCUUGUGCACAAAGCCCUAGAUUCGAUUCCAAGGACUGAAAAAGAGCAGGACUAACAUCUUACUGGUUCACUUCCUCUCUGGGGCACUCAGAUUUGCCUCAGAUCUGCAGAGACAGAGAAUGACUGCUGGGUGCAGAAGCAAUGGUGAGUUGGGGCUCAAGGGAACAGAGUCUGAGAUGUAAAGGUGAACCAGGUCCAGAAAUGGGGGCACCGGCUUUGAGUAUUCUCUAUAUGCUACUGAACAGGACACUUAAAUUGGUUGGGGUGGCCAGGGUCAUGUUAUGGGCAUCUGACAUCAUCGAAAACAAACAAAGAGGGAGGAAGAAAUGAAGCUCUGGUUGUUCUUGAAUACCAAGGCACAUAUGACCAAGGAAGAGUCUCCUGUGAAUGUGUGUGGGGACAAGUCCGCAGCAUCAACUAAAUGACCCCCACGGCUGGUGGUAUCUCACAGCUCGGCCCUUGAGAAGUGUUGAAUGGAAAGGAAAAAGGGGAUUUCUGUAUAUUUUAUAUGCUUGAAAUAGUUCUGCACAAAGAAUUUUCCACAAGGGUUUGGAGUCCAUGGAGCUACGGCAGACCUGGGAAACGACCAGCCGAUGCAUUCUGGGAACGAUAAGGCAAUGCCUGACCCUGUGUCACAACAGAACCCAGGCCUAGAACAAAGGCACAGCUGUGCACAUGAGAAUUCCGGCUGCCAGUUCUGUGCAGAGCCCAACUGUCCAACUGUCAACUGAUCAGAACUCCAAUACCCCAUCCCCCACCCACCAAAUUCAACACAAAUGCCAGGUCUACCUGCCCAGAGCUCUGGACGGGUGGUGAAAUUCCGCCGCACAGGAGAGAGCGCUCGGUCAGAGGAAGACGCGGUUUCUGGGGAGCAUGACAUCCAGAUAGAGGGGGUCCGCGUGGGCCUAGAAGCCAUCGAGCUGGAUGAUGGAGCAGCUGUCCCCAAGGAGUUUGCCAAUCCCACCGAUGACACUUUCAUGGUGGAAGAUGCGGUGGAAGCCAUUGGGUUUGGAAGAUUCCAGUGGAAGCUCUCUGUUCUCACCGGCUUGGCUUGGAUGGCAGAUGCCAUGGAGAUGAUGAUUCUGAGCAUCCUGGCUCCUCAGCUGCACUGCGAAUGGCGUCUCCCCAGCUGGCAGGUGGCACUGCUCACUUCGGUGGUCUUCAUCGGCAUGAUGUCCAGUUCCACGCUCUGGGGAAACAUCUCGGAUCAGUAUGGCAGGAAAACAGGACUGAAGAUCAGUGUGCUCUGGACCCUGUACUACGGCAUCCUCAGCGCCUUCGCACCCGUGUAUAGCUGGAUCCUGGUGCUCCGAGGCCUGGUGGGCUUUGGGAUCGGAGGGGUGCCCCAGUCGGUGACACUCUACGCCGAGUUCCUUCCCAUGAAGGCCAGAGCCAAGUGUAUUUUGCUGAUUGAGGUCUUCUGGGCCAUCGGGACUGUGUUCGAGGUGCUUCUGGCUGUGUUCGUGAUGCCCAGCCUGGGCUGGCGCUGGCUGCUCCUGCUCUCUGCCGCUCCACUGCUCCUCUUCGCUGUUCUGUGCUUCUGGCUGCCAGAGAGUGCUAGGUAUGAUGUGCUGUCCGGGAACCAGGAAAAGGCAAUUGCUACUUUAAAACGGAUUGCGACAGAAAAUGGAGCCCCCAUGCCUCUGGGAAAGCUCAUCAUCUCCAGACAGGAAGACCGAGGCAAAAUGAGGGACCUUUUCACACCCCACUUUCGUUGGACAACUCUGCUGCUUUGGUUUAUAUGGUUCUCCAAUGCCUUCUCUUAUUACGGCUUGGUUCUGCUCACCACAGAACUCUUCCAGGCGGGAGAUGUCUGCAGCAUCUCCAGCCGGAAGAGGGCAGUGGAAGCCAAAUGCAGCUUGGCCUGUGAGUACCUGAGCAAAGAGGAUUACAUGGACCUGCUGUGGACCACCCUGUCUGAGUUCCCAGGUGUCCUUGUGACUCUGUGGGUCAUCGACCGCCUGGGCCGUAAGAAGACCAUGGCUCUGUGCUUCAUCAUCUUCUCCCUCUGCAGCCUCCUGCUGUUCAUCUGCAUUGGAAGAAAUGUACUAACCCUCUUACUGUUCAUUGCAAGAGCGUUUAUUUCUGGAGGCUUCCAAGCAGCCUAUGUUUACACGCCUGAGGUGUAUCCCACGGCGACGAGGGCACUGGGCCUGGGCACCUGCAGCGGCAUGGCGAGAGUGGGCGCUCUCAUUACUCCGUUCAUAGCUCAGGUGAUGCUGGAAUCUUCUGUGUACUUGACCCUGGCUGUCUACAGUGGCUGCUGCCUCCUGGCUGCCGUGGCCUCCUGCUUUCUGCCCAUCGAGACCAAAGGCCGAGCACUGCAGGAGUCCAGCCACCGGGAGUGGGGCCAGGAGAUGGUUGGCCGAGGGACAAACAGCGCAGGUGUCCCCAGGUCGAACUCUGGCUCUCAGGAGUAGUGACCCCUGGGAGUUGAGCUAGUCUUUGAGGCUUGGAGCCCAGGGAGCUGGCAGAGCCCAGCUGGGCCACUUACGGUCACUGCCGACAACAAGAACUUUCCCGAGAGGGCGAUGUGGACCGACAGGGUUUUGUGUCUCCGCUGUGUUUGGCCAUGUUCAUCAUUGAGGGUCACCCGCCCCAGGACGAUGGGGCUGCAUUCACUCCAGAGGGGGUUCUCUGUGGUGGGGGACGGUUUGUACAUCACCAUGGAUCUGCAUGUUGAAGCUGCUCAUGAGGGAGGGCCCCAGGGUGCUCAGGGCCAGCUGGGCAGAUGUCACAUGGCUACCCAGUCAUACCCUUGGAGAGCCACUGCCCAAAGAUCUCCAAAGACACGGUGUCGGCCCAGACCCCUGUGACACCUGUCAUGUUGUCCGGUAGGUUUCUCCUGCGUCCAGGCCUCAGGAAAUCUUUGGAAUGAAGGCGAGUAAGCUAGUGUCUGGCUAGAGCAGCUUUUCUGGAGCCUGACCCCACCCCCCUCCAUGCUGCAUCCAUGGCUGGGCCCCUCUAGAUGCCUCUCCAAGGCCUGCUGGAUAAAAACUGGCUGAUGAGUGUGCUUUUGAAUUUGAGCCAAGUAGCUCCCAUUGGCCCCUUCUGGCUGCAGAGGGUCCUGUCAUAUUUCUGGGGAGAGCUAGGUCCCCACCAGGCGGCAGACUCAGAAAGUUGUUAACCCAUUCCCUGACUUGGAAACUGGAGACUGAGGCCUGGCAGAGGGGAGACUUAACACCCCAAACCAAAGCCAGAGUCACUCCUGAAGUACUUAAGGCCUUUCUGGGCCCUCUCUCUUGGCUCCCCGCUCAGCCCUACCAGCCGGCUAGCCCUACUAGCUGGCUAGCCCUACUAGCCUGGUUUACGAAGGCUUCCAUACUUGGCUGUGUUUAAGUGGCGGCUGAGGAGGAAUCUCCAAGUGCAGGCCCACUAAGUCCUGGGACCAGGAACCUGUUGCCCUUUCUGGGUCUGUCUCUGCUUUCUCUCAUGCUCCUCUGUCAAGGGCAAUGCUGGCCCUACAGAGGCAGAUCCUAGGAGGAUGUCCUGGCACAAAGCUCAGGAAAGCCCGUGUCAGAGGGAGAGAGAAGGCCAUUGUCAUGGCCUCAGGAGGAAGGAAGGACUGGAGGUAGGUAGGUCUGGAGGCAGUCCAUGCAUAAUCCCAGAUUCCGGAACACACGAGCCACCUUCUGAGCUUCAGGAAGGAAACUCGCAGGGGGAGGAAGGAGACUGCCAGGCCCCACUAGAGGCCAGAGGAAACUGGCUAGUGCUCAAUGCAAGGAAGCCAAAUGUGCGUUGUGCGUUCAUCUCUUAUUAAAACGUUGGUGACAGACA